GAGACCCGCGACUUGACCUUGCCGACGCCGUGCCUGGCCCCAGAUCCAACACUGCACGAGUACAUCGCCUGUGCACUGCCUGUCAUACAUGUUGUUUGCGCACGUGCGUGUCUCUCGGGAAUUCUUAAUCUUCUCGACUCCACGGGCACUCGCCUCGACAGCAAGGCAAUGAAGCUGCUCCCAAGCUUCUCAGAGGACCGCAGCGAGCAGACGGCAACACUCAAGAACAUAGCCAACGAAACCGUUGGCGACACGUAUAUCGAGGAAGAUCCAUCCGUGGCCGAGUGGUUUCGCGAGUGCAUUCCAACGUCCCAGGGCGUGGCCGACUAUGUCCGCGAACUGUUUCCCAGCGCCCGCUGGCUGCGAAGAUACAACCUCCACUGGCUGGCUGGCGACGUCAUUGCUGGAAUCACGGUGGGCCUCGUGGUAGUUCCCCAGGGCGUGGCCUAUGCGUCGCUUGCUCGCUUAUCGCCUGCGUUUGGUCUCUACACUACCUUUACCGGUGCUUGUCUGUACUGGAUAUUCGGUACCUCGAGAGACAUUGUCAUCGGUACUACGGCAGUUGGUUCCCUCCUGGUUGGCAAUGCUGUCAGCAAGGUUGAGGCUGAGCAUCCGGGAAAAUAUCCGGCUGAGCAUGUAGCUUAUGCCCUCAGCUUUCUGGCUGGUGUCAUUGUACUGGGUUUUGGUAUCCUUCGCCUUGGCUUCAUCAUCGAGUUUAUACCCUACAUUCCCAUCUCGGCUUUCAUCACAUCGGCCAGCAUCACUAUUAUCUCGACGCAGCUGCCGACGCUGAUGGGCUUGAAGGGAAUAAACACUCGCCAGUCGCCGUACAAGGUAUAUGUCAACUUCCUCAAGGCGCUUCCCAGGUCGAGACUUGAUGCCGCCAUCGGCAUCACAUCCAUUGUGCUCUUGUACCUCAUCAAGAACACGUGUACGAAGAUGGAGGUGCGACAACCGCGCAAGAAGAAGAUGUGGUCUCUUCUGUGCUCGUUGCGUCUGACCUUUACCAUGUUGCUCUACACUUUUGUAAGUUGGUUGGUCCAUCGAACGACGCCCGCGGGUAAGGAGAAGUUUCGCAUUGUGGGUAAGAUUGAGAAAGGCUUCAGUCACGCCGCCAUUCCCCCAAUGGAAGGAGAGUUGUUCGGUGCGGUGGCUUCAGAGCUUCCUGCCAUCAUCAUCAUUCUGAUUGUCGAACACAUUGCCAUUGCCAAAAGUUUCGGUCGCAAGCACAACUACACCGUCAGUCCCUCCCAGGAGAUGAUUGCUCAAGGUGCGGCCAACCUACUGAAUCCUUUUGUUGGUGGCUACGUAUGCACUGGCUCCUUUGGUGCUUCUGCUGUGCUAUCCAAGGCAGCAGUGCGAACUCCGCUGUCGGGCCUCUUCAGUGCGUUGGUACUGGUACUGGCACUCUAUGCUCUCACUGCGGUUUUCUACUACAUCCCCAACGCAGCUCUAGCAGGCCUCAUCAUCCAUUCCACAGUGGACCUGAUCAAGGGCCCCAAAGAUCUGUACAAGUACUACCAGCUGUCCCCGUUUGAAUUCUUCAUCUGGGUAUGUGGCGUGGUCAUAGCCUUCUUUACCGAUCUUGAGACUGCCAUCUACGUUACUGUCGGCCUUUCUUUUGCCAUGCUCCUCUUUCGUAUGGCAAAGAGCCCAGGCAAGUUUCGCGGUGCAGUCGGCGUCACUCGAAUUGUGCGGGAGGAUCAGUCUUCCAACAAGUCAUCGUCUACAGAGACGCUCGGCACCAAUGCCAGUCAAGUCGAACAAGUUCCAGGGACGCGCCAGGUCUACAUUCCGUACGAUACCAAAGACAACCACAACCCCAACGUCACAGUCGAACCUGCAUACCCCGGCGUCUUCAUCUACCGCUUCAGCGAAAACUUCAACUAUAUCAACCAAGCACAGCACAUCGACUACCUGACCUCUUACAUAACAUCACACACGCGCCAAGUGCAAAUCGACGACGGCAUCCGCGACUGCGACCGUCUCUGGUGCGACGCUCCCCCUACGCAGAGGCUCAUCCAAGAGUCAUCCUCCCUGCCAAUCCUCCGAGCCGUGGUCCUCGACUUUUCCACCGUCAACGUGCUCGACAUCACCAGCAUCGACGGGCUAAAGGGCCUCCGCGACACGCUAGACCGGUAUGCGGCGCCGGCCCUCGUAGAAUGGCACUUUGCCGGCGUGCACAACCGCUGGACACGCAAAGCGCUUUCGUUCGCCGGCUUCGGCUUCCCCGCUACCACUAACCUCGACGCAAUGAAAUCCUGGUGUCCCGCAUACACCGUCACAAGCAGUCUCGCCGGCGCCUGCGCCGAACAGCGCAAAGACGCCGAAGCCGCGGAGAAAACAGCGCGUGUCUCCGACGAAGAAUCGACCAAAGACUGUAUCACACAUACAAGUGAACCGCGCAUUCCAGCACCGACUUUGGCUGGGAAACGGCGGUUCGAACUGCUGUAUGGUAUCGACCGCCCGUUUUUCCAUCUCGACCUGCAUGAUGCUGUUGAUGCGGCUGUGCGAGAUGCCAGGAAUGCGGAGUUACGUGAGGCGCGUACAAGCUGUUCGGUCAGCGUUCGGUCGCGUACGCCAGAGCAAAAUGCACAUGUUGUUGCAGCACAGUAA